UAAAUAUCUCUGUUAACCUUAAUUGUCUUGCCUUCUAAUAUAAGCACCCCUUCUCUUCUUUCUUGAUCCUUUCCUCUCUCCCUCUUAUUACUCAAUCUUCAUAUUUCCAAUUUAUCUUCCAUCAAAGGAGCUACCUUGAGGUGUUCUUGAAUGUCAAGAGAAAGGGAGAGAUUGGAUGAGAUUGGGAAGAAAUUAAAGACAGAGAUAGAUGCAUCUUCACAGCUACAUAUGCAACAACAAAUGGGAAGAAGACAGAUAUUGGGGCCUACAGUAGGAACAACCUUAAACACAAUUACACCUUGUGCUGCUUGUAAACUUUUAAGAAGAAGAUGUGCUGAGGAAUGCCCAUUUUCUCCUUAUUUUUCCCCACAUGAACCCCAGAAAUUUGCUGCUGUUCAUAAAGUCUUUGGUGCUAGCAAUGUUUCCAAGUUGCUCCUGGAGGUACCAGUGGGGCAAAGAGCAGAUGCAGCAAAUAGUUUGGUAUAUGAAGCAAAUGUGAGGCUAAGGGAUCCAGUGUACGGAUGCAUGGGUGCAAUUUCAACUUUACAACAACAACUUCAAACUUUACAAGCUGAGCUUAAUGCAAUUAGGUCUGAGAUUCUCAGAUACAAAUAUAGAGAAGCCGCCAAUAGUCUUAUAGCAUCUAUUUCCACGUCCGUCGCUGAUCAGCUGCCCCAAGCUCCUCCUACUCCGCCGCCACCGCCGCCGCCACUGCCGUCUGUGGUGGUGGUCUCCUCCUCUUCUUCCACUUCCUCCGUUUCGUCUUUGUAUACGCCCCCUUCUAGUGCGGGGGCAAAUUUUAGUGCCGCCAUUCACAAUAAUAGCAUAUCGUAUUUUGACCAGUAAUUAACUGUGUCACAUGAAACAGAAUUGUUUUUAGUAUUGAGGAGAAUCAUUUGGAAAUUUUAGUUCACAAUUUUCAUGUCACAAAUUAGAGUGUUAUAUAUAUAGAAUUAGUUCAACCAUUUCUUAUAUGUCCAUUUGUGGCGAUAACAUGGAGAGCUUUUUUGAGAUUUCGAUGAAUUAUUUGUGUUGUUGAAA